AUGCAGAAAAAAUAUGCUGAUGGAAGGACUAAUGUGCUAUAUACUUCCGGCUCUACUCCAUCCAUUAUGAAUAUUCAAGUUUCUAAGGUAAUUCAGCCGCAAAGAGUCAAUAGAAUUGAAGGGAACAUUUCUGGAUUAUGUGUAACUUCAAAUUCUCGAAUUUUGCAUGAAUCUUAUGAAAAUACUUAUUUGCAGUCGCAAGUAAAAAAUGAUUCUGGAUCGAGAUCAUCAUCACUAACAUUGCUAGAUGAUAAUCAAUUUUUCAAUAACAAGAGGUAUAUUUCUCAUUUGCCACGGCCUGUUCAAGUUAAAUAUGAAGGAAUGCUACCACAACGAGAAAAUUAUCAGCCAAUAAAUACAGAUUUCAUUAAAAUUGAAAGGAAGGUGACAAAAGAUGAUAUAAGAACAACAAUACCGUCUUAUAUUGGUCGUGUUUAUAAUGAAAUUGAAGAUGAAGAGGAAAAUUUGGGCUAUGCUGAAACUUAUUCUGAUUAUUGUCCCGUUAAAUUGCGAUCAGGUCUGUCGCAUCCCGAUUGCGUUGUGGAAACCGCUUCUUUGAGUAGUGUUGCACCACCUGAUGUUCGAUAUACUUUGUCCAUUCCUGAAGAGAUCAUUGAUACUGGUGCUAUAUCAGCAAUACAACUCGAGGCGGUUCUUUAUGCUUGUCAGACUCACGAAACCCGACUUCCAUCUGGUGAACGAGUUGGAUAUCUUAUUGGUGAUGGCGCUGGCGUAGGGAAAGGUCGAAUUAUUGCUAGUAUCAUUUACGAAAAUUAUAUUUUGGGUCGCAAGCGUUCCUUAUGGUUAAGUAUAUCAUCUGAUCUGAAAUUCGAUGCUGAGCGUGAUCUUCGAGAUAUUGGUGCAACCAAUAUAAAAGUCCAUGCUUUGAACAAGUUUAAAUAUGCAAAAAUUAGCGGCAAAGAAAAUGGAAAUGUUAAAAAAGGAUGCGUUUUUGCAACAUAUUCUUCGCUCAUUGGAGAAUGUCGCGGCGCAAAAAAUAAAUACCGAACUCGAUUGAAGCAGUUAAUUCAGUGGUGUGGGCAGGAUUUUGAUGGCGUGAUCAUUUUGGAUGAAUGCCACCGCGCUAAGAACCUUGUCCCAUCAUCAAGUUCGAAACCUACAAAAACAGGCCGUGUGGUUAUGGAUCUUCAAGAAGCUUUGCCUAAUGCUCGUAUAGUAUAUGCUUCUGCUACUGGAGCGACAGAACCUAAGAACAUGGCAUAUAUGACACGUCUUGGAUUGUGGGGCAGGGGUCAGGCUUUUCCCGAAUUUAAUGAUUUCAUAAAUGCUGUCGAAAAACGUGGUGUUGGCGCCAUGGAAGUUGUGGCCAUGGAUAUGAAACAACGUGGUGUUUAUCUUGCAAGACAGCUAUCUUUCCGCGGUGUAAAUUUUCAUGUGGAAGAAGUUGCUUUGACUCCAGAAUUCAUCGAAAUGUAUGACGAAUCAGUCAAGUUGUGGAUGGAAUGCAAACGCCAGUUUCAGCUCGUUGGAGCCGAACGAUUUCAUUCCAAGCAAGUAUGGGGACAAUUUUGGGCAGCUCACCAACGUUUUUUCAAAUAUCUCUGUAUAAGUGCGAAGGUUGCGGCUUGUGUAAAAAUAACUCGCGAAGCGAUACAAUCUGGUAAAUGUGUUGUUAUUGGUUUACAGUCUACAGGUGAAUCUAAGACUCGUGAAGUGCUAGAAGAUGUUGGAGAAUUAACGGAUUUUGUUUCUACAGCUAAGGCUGUUUUAACAAGCCUCAUUGAUAAACAUUUUCCACUUGAUCGGUCAAACUGCAAGGUCGAUAUUUUUUCUGAUUUCGACAAAAUAUUCAACGAGUAUGAAAAAAGUGCAAAGCGUAAAAUGAAGUGGAAAAUGAUGGUAUUUAUUACGAAUUUUCUGGUAUUAUUUUUUUGGUUUCCAUGUAUGUUUUCAUUUAUUUUAUUUUUAGAUGACAAUGAUGGAUUUAUCGAUGGUGAUGAAGACGCUUGGAUGAAGAAAUUAAUGGAUCAGGCCAAGAGUUCUGAUGAAGAAAGUGAAGAGAGUGCUAUGUUUGACGAGAAAAAUAGUGAAAAGGAAGGUGAUGGACAAAAUAAGCAAAGCGAUGAUGAAAUAAAUCCAUUUGCUUGUGAUUUUACACAAGAAGAUCCUUGGGCAAAGAAGCAACAAGUCGUUUCGGAUUCGCCAGUUAAAAAUAAGGUCCAGAAGCGAAAAAAGAAAAGAAAGAAAAAUAAUUUUGGCAAAAAAUUUCGUCGGACGACACCCAUUGAAACUCUUGCUAUGGUUUGUUUUUCUCAUUCAUUCAUUCGAGAAUAUCAGGAAAAAAUCAAUAAAACAUUUAUUUCUUCAUCUCGAUUAAUUGACAACUCUAGUCAAAUGUGUGCCGGUGGACCUUCAAUUAUCAAAGCAGAAUUAUUGGCUGCAGCGGAACGAUUGGGUACUCGACUUCCUCCGAACACUCUUGAUGAACUUAUCAAUGAACUCGGGGGUCCUGAACAUGUUGCUGAGAUGACUGGGCGUAAAGGAAGGAUUGUCAGCCGUGAAGAUGGUGAAAUCGAGUAUGAAUUAAGACACGCUGGUGCAGAUGUGCCUUUGGAAUUAAUGAAUAUGGAUGAAAAAGAUAAAUUUAUGAAAGGCAUGAAACUAGUAGCAAUUAUAUCUGAAGCCGCAUCAUCAGGAAUAUCUCUUCAAUCUGAUCGUCGUGCUGGUAAUCGUCGACGGCGUGUUCACAUUACAUUAGAAUUGCCGUGGUCAGCAGAUAAAGCUAUCCAACAAUUCGAUAGUUUAAAUGCUCAUCUAUUCAUCAUUUUUACCCCAUUUAGGUUUGCUUCUAUAGUUGCAAAGCGAUUAGAAUCACUGGGUGCGCUAACCCAUGGUGAUCGGCGAGCUACUGAAACACGUGAUCUUAGCCAGUUCAAUUUGGAUACUCGUUACGGACGCGCUGCUUUGGAUAUUUUACUUCGAACGGUUAUUGGAAUGUUUGAACCGCCACUCAUUCCACCUCCUAAAAAUUAUAAACCAGGAGAUUUCUUUGCAGACAUGCGUCGAUAUUUAGAAGGUGUUGGUUUAGUUUAUCAUGAAAAUGAUGUUUAUUUCAUUGAAAAUGAAACUGCAAAUAUACCAAAAUUCCUUAACCGUAUCCUUGGAUUACCUGUUCAUGCGCAAAAUGCCAUAUUCCAAUAUUUCUCUGAUAUUGUUGCUGAACUUGUUGCACAGGCUAAACAUGAUGGAACAUACGAUAUGGGGAUAAUGGAUCUUGGUAUGGGUAGCGAUGAAGCUCGUAAAUUAGAAACUCGAGUCUUCCUUGGUCGCGUUGACAGAGGAUCCUUCCGCGUAGAAAUGCAUAAAAUCGGUGUAGAGCGGGGAGUCAGUUGGGAAGAUGCUUAUGCCAUCUGGAACGACCAUCAUGAUGACCAGGAUGGGUUUUAUUUAUCGACAGUUGGUGCAAAUGGAAAAAAAGCUGCUGCAUUAAUUUAUGGUAUUGGUAAAAAGAGAUUAGACACCGGUGCACGACUUUAUUGUAUUACGCGGCCAAAUACAGGGCGGAGCCCUAAGCUAGAAACGAUGGAAGAGUUAAGUAAACGUUUUCAACCGGCGACAUUGGUUCAGGCGGAAAAAAUUUGGAAAGAUCAAUUUGGAGGUUCAAAUGUGAUGUGCCAACAUAAAUAUUUUCAUGGCCGAUGUCAGAGUGAGACUAAUGGUGUAUAUUGUGAAACGGGUAGAAGGACAAGAACGUAUUUCGUUUUGUCUGGGUCAGUACUGUCUGUUUGGCCAGUAGUUGAAGAUGUUCUUUCUGGCGAGGUGAAACGAACUCAGAGGAUGCAGAUUAUCCGUGUACGAACGCAACAAAAUCAAAAAAUUGUUGCAACUGCGGUAAUAACUGCUUAG